AUCAUUGCCCCUUCAAACGAGGCCUUCAAAAACAUCCCCUAUACCGCCCUCAAUGGCAUCUGGAAUCCAGAUGACAAGGCCACCACUGUGCCUCUCCUGCAAUACCACGUCCUCCUGGGGACCGUCACCACCGCCGGCCUCGACACGGGCCCAACAUAUGUGCGGUCCACGCUGCUCACCAGCCCUCGCUACACCAACGUGACGUUUGGCCAAAACGUCCUCAUCGCCAAGCAGCCCGGCGACACCGUCGUCUUCACCACCAGCAUGGGCACCCGCUGCACGCUGGUCGAGGGCGACAUCAACUUCCAGGGCGGCCUCGUCCAGAUCGUCGACAACCUGCUGAUCCCGCCCUCGCGCAUCGAAAACACCACCAAGGCGUUCAACGUGCCCAACUUCCUCGGCGGCCUCUACGCGAGCAAGCUCAUGCCCAAGAUCUCGGACGAGAAGAACAUCACCGUCUUCGCCCCCGUGGACGGCGCCUUCGCCUCCGUCGGCGGCUCGCUCAAGCACCUCGACGCCAGGGCCCUCGCCCGCAUCAUGGGCUACCACGUCGUGCCCAACCAGGUGCUCGUCUCGUCCGCGCUGACCAACGGCUCGCGCCUCGAGACGCUGGCCAAGAACGCCGCCGGCACCGCCCCGGAGUCGCUCGUCGUCCGCCAGGCCGGCAACAACAAGUACGUCAACUCGGCGCAGAUUGUGCAGCCCGACAUCCUGCUCGCCAACGGCAUCAUGCACCUCAUCUCGGGCGUGCUGAACCCA